CAGGCGGGCUUAGCUCUCACCUCAAGCCAAUAGCAUAAAAGUAUCAGGCCCAACGCCCAUUAGUGGAGACUAUUUCAGAAGUCAGGAUUUGUCCUUGAGUUCAUUGCCACGGUGACUUGUCAGAGACGAACUGGUGAGCUUUCAGGUUUGACUACUAGAGAGUGCUUCUCCUGGAGGUGGAAGGCUUUGCUAGCGAUGGACCCCUAUAUGAUCCAGACUGCUGACAGUGGCAGCCUUCCCCCAGUUCUGGAUGUGCACGUCAACAUCAGUGGCAGAAGCUCCACACCAGGAAAAAUGAAAGGCAGGAAAGCCAGAUGGUCAGUGAGGCCCUCGGACAUGUCCAACAGGACCUUAAAUCCCAUCCGGGCCAUUGUGGACAGCAUGAAGGUGAAGCCAAACCCAGACAAAACCAUGAUUUCUCUGUCAAUUGGAGAUCCUACUGUGUUUGGAAACCUCCCCACAGACCCUGAAGUUACCCAAGCAAUGAAGGAUGCCCUGGAUUCAGGGAAAUACAAUGGCUAUGCCCCAUCCAUUGGCUACCUAUCCAGUCGGGAGGCAGUUGCUUCCUACCACCACUCUGCCAAAGCACCCCUGGAAGCUAAGGAUGUCAUUCUGACAAGCGGCUGCAGUCAGGCUAUUGAACUGUGUUUAGCUGUGUUGGCCAACCCAGGGCAAAACAUCCUUGUUCCAAGACCUGGUUUUUCUCUCUACAGAACUUUGGCUGAAUCUAUGGGAAUUGAGGUCAAACUCUAUAAUCUAUUGCCAGAGAAGUCUUGGGAAAUUGACCUGAAACAAAUGGAGUCUCUGAUUGAUGAAAAGACAGCUUGUCUCAUAAUCAACAAUCCAUCAAAUCCCUGUGGCUCAGUGUUCAGUAAGAGUCAUCUUCAGAAGAUUCUGGCAGUGGCUGCAAGGCAGUGUGUUCCCAUCUUAGCUGAUGAGAUCUAUGGAGACAUGGUAUUUUCAGACUGCAAAUACAAACCACUGGCCACGCUUAGCACCAGCGUUCCUAUCCUGUCCUGUGGAGGGCUGGCCAAGCGCUGGCUGGUUCCUGGCUGGAGACUGGGCUGGAUCCUCAUCCAUGACCGAAGAGACAUUUUUGGCAAUGAGAUCCGAGAUGGGCUGGUGAAGCUGAGUCAGCGGAUCUUGGGACCUUGCACCAUUGUUCAGGGAGCUCUGAAAAGCAUCCUGCGUCGCACCCCUCAUGAGUUCUACCACAACACUCUAAGCUUCCUCAAGUCUAAUGCUGAUCUCUGCUAUGAGACAUUGUCUGCAAUACCUGGACUCCGGCCAAUCUGCCCUUCCGGGGCCAUGUACCUUAUGGUUGGAAUUGAGAUGGAACAUUUCCCAGAGUUUGAGAAUGACAUGGAGUUCACAGAGCGGUUGAUUGCUGAGCAGUCCGUCCACUGCCUCCCAGGAAAGUGCUUCGAAUACCCAAAUUUCUUCCGAGUGGUGAUCACUGUCCCUGAGGUGAUGAUGUUAGAAGCUUGCAGCCGGAUCCAGGAAUUCUGUGAGCAGCACUACCAUUGUGCUGAAGGGAGCCAGGAAGAAUGUGACAAAUAGACCUUCAUCCUUUCUCCAGAGAGGGCUGGAACGGGCUCUGCUGCUCCUCAGGGAGUCGGAAUCCCCACUAGGGGAGGGGCCUCAAAAUGACUACACCGAAUUCAGGAUAAUUUUUGCUUUUCCCCAGUACAUCCACACACACACUCUGAAUCCCGGAUUCUUCUCCCACUCUGCUCUGCUGGAAUGACUAAUUCAUUCACUUGUCACCCUCCCAGGACUUUCCCCUUCUUUUCUGACAGUACCAAGUGAACAGAGAUUAACAGAAAGCCCUUGAGACAUGAAAAAUAAGAACAGAAGAAAUAAAACAUUGUGAGAACUUGCAUUCUUAACCAUUUCCUCAUACUUUAAGAAUACUCUUUUCAGUCAGGUCUGAAGCCCAGCUCUAUUAUUGCCUCACUUCAGGUUUAACUUACUUUUUGCAGUAGUUAUAACUGAAAAGUUGGGGACACAUGUAUUUGGUUAAUUAUAUUCUAAACACAAUAGGAAAUUCACUAAAGGAUCCUUGACAGAAAACUCUGGGUUUUUCUUUUGGUGAUGCAAAUAAAUAUCCUUUAAUUGA